AUGAAUACAAAAAACAAUACAGUUGUAGCAAUUAAAGUUAUAAGUUUUCAAUAAUUAAUCACUCCAAUUUCUAAAAGUUUACUAAAAAAUGAAAUUCAUGUAUUGAGCUUGAUUGAUCAUUUUAAUAUAAUGAAAAUUUAUGAUACAUUUGAAACCUAAAAUAAUAGAUAUUUGAUUUGUGAAUAUUGUAAUGAAGGUGAUUUGGCUGAAAUUUUAGAAUCAACAAAAUUCACAGAAACAUAAUCUUUAGAAGUAUUCUCAUAAAUUGCAUAGGGAAUUAAAGCAUUACAUGAUAAAAGUAACACCUUUAUGGUAAAUUUAUUAGAAAUAAUACAUAGAGAUAUUAAGCCAGCCAAUAUAUUGAAAUCUAAUGGUUACUAUAAAUUAGCUGAUUUUGGUUUUGCAGUCAUUGAGAACUAAUACGAGAGCAUCAUAAAGAAAUUCAAUGUAGGCACUCCAAUGUAUAUGGCUCCUGAAACAGUGUAAAAUAAUGUAUAUUCAGAAAAAUCAGAUAUAUGGGCUUUAGGAAUAGUAUUAUUUUAAAUGAUAUAUCAUGAAUUACCUUAGUUUUCUAAAUAAGAACAUGAUUUAAACAAGAAACAUUAAUUUUUAAUCAAUAAAAUAAAAAAUGACACAGAAACGUCUCUUAAGACUAAAGAAUUAAUGCUUAAUAUGCUUAAUUUUGAUCCAGAAAAACGAAUCUCCAUAAAUGAAGUUAUUGCAAAUAUGUCAAUACAAUCUAAAAAAAUAUAAACUCAUUAACAUCAAAGCAUUUCAUGUAGAUCAAUUAAAACUAGUACUAUAUCUCAAGAAUUAUAAUAAUCAAGAUAAUAAUUAAAUGAAUAAAUAUCAAAUAAUUAAAUAUUUUAAACUUAAUCAGAAGAUCCAAUUGAAAAUUAACUUAAGCAGCCAUAAAUGUAUAAGUCAUAAGAAUUGAAUGUCUUAUAGAAUGUGGAUACAAAAAAAGUUAUAAAAAUAAAUUAAAUUGCUGAUCUUUUAGAUGUUAAAGAAAAACUUUAUGAUUUAACCAAUUAAAACUCAUUAAAUUAGAAUCCAAUUCAAGAAUAAGUAAUAAAAGUUUCUUAUACAGAAAAAAUAGACAAAAUUCAAAAACAGUUUCAAUAAUCACCUAUCAAAUUUUAAUCAAUUGAAUCCAAACUUAAAACAUAAAAAUCUUUUGAAUUAUUAGAAAUUUCAAAUCAAGAAAAAGAAAAGAUAUCUCCAAUUAUCAAUAAACCUAUUAUUAUAUAACAUGAAUUCAAUAAUUUACAAAAUACUAUUACUAAAAAUGGUCAUUCUGGAGAAGAAAGUGAAUGUAUUUAACAUAGUAAUUAGAAUACCACCAAUGACACCAUAAAACAUAAUUAAUUUUCAAAUUGUUAAUAAAUUUUAUCAGAAAAACAAUAAACACUAAAUAUUUAAUAAAAUUUAUCAAAACCAUCAUAUUCUAUUCAAAACAACAAUUCUAUCUAAUAAAAGAAAUCACCUGUUAGAAUUGUUCAAUCAUAAUAACAUAUUAUCACUCCACCUUUUAAAUCUUCUGGUGUUAGUUUAUCAAGAAAUUCUUAAGAUAAUAAAAAAAAUUAUUUUUUUCAAACAAAUACAUCUUAAUAAUUGAAUUAAUAUGCAUCUUAGACAAAAUAAAUCUCAAAUGUAAUAACUGAGAAAUUCACAAGUGAUUUUACUUGCAAUUAUUAAGAUGAUAAAGUGGAAUCAUUAUCUGCAACAAUAAGACCUACUUAUAAAUUUUUAUAUUUCUUAAACAAUGUUAUUAAAUAAUUUGAUUGCAUUAAUACAGAAGAUAAAUAAAAAUGCUAUUUUUUAAUUAGAAAACUAAUAGGAAUUAAAGCUACUUAUAUUUAGAAUUAUUGUCCAUCUAUUAAAUAAGAAAUAAUUAAAAGUUGGAUCGAUAGUUUCUUAAAUUUUUAUUCUAAAGUUGAAUCUGUAUUUUAUAUAUCUCCUGAUAAAUAAUUUGAGUAAUUUUUCAAUAAAGAUUUAUCUGAAUUUACACUCAGUUUCUCUUAAUUAUUAUUACAUUAUUUGAGAAGAAUCAAUAUAAUUAAAUUACAAAAAGAGUUCCAAAUAAUAUCAGAAAUAUUAAUAGAAAAUCAAAAAUAGUAUAAUGAUCCUAUUUUAUUUGCCAGAAGAUGGGAAAACGAUUAACUUUGA